AUGAAUAUGAAUGGAAAGUGUGAGAUAAACAUGUGUCUCAAUCCAAAUGAUGAAAAUGGGAAAUAUUCAAUGCAAAUAUCAAAUUGUUUAUUUAUCACAAACACAAAGUGUGAUGAAUGUCAAAGUGGAUACCUUCUUACAAAUAAUAGUUGUGUAAAAAGUGAAGAAGAACAUUGUGAACAACAAAAUGCAUUUGGAUGUACAAGAUGUGAAGAUUCAUAUUAUUUUAAUAUGGCAACAAAAAGAUGUGAAAAGUGUGAUGAAAAUUGUAUGACUUGUUUUGAGACAUCAACUCAAUGUCUUAGUUGUUAUUAUAGUUCUUAUUUAACUAAUUAUAAAUGUAUUUCAAAUGACAAUUUAAAAGAGAAGUGCUCACAAUUUGCAAGUAAGUCAAGUGGGUGUGUAGUAUGUAAAAAUAGUUAUUAUCGAGUUGGGUUGGAUUGUCUUAAAUGUAAUGAAAAGUGUUUAACAUGUAACAACAAUGAACAGUGUCUUACUUGUAAUUCAACAAAUUUUAAGACGAUAAACAAUGAUUGUCUCCCUCAAAGUGGUAUUAAUGGUUGUAAAGAUAAAGUGACUCAAAUUGGAUGUUUAAAUUGCCAAGAUGGGUAUUUUACGGUGAAUUCCAAUGCAUGUGAAAAAUGUGAUGAAAACUGUGAAACGUGUCUUUUAACAAACAAAAAAUGUACUUCAUGUAAUUCUACACAUGUGUUACUUUCAAAUAAUAAAUGUGUUAAUAUCACUCAAAUAUUAAAAUGCACUGAAAUUACCAAUUCAAAAUGCACAAAAUGUUCCUUUUGGAAUUCACCAAAUAAAGAUGGUACCUUAUGUAACACUCAAGUGGUGUGGUGGGUCAUUUUAAUAAUUGUUAUAAUUAUUCUUAUUAUAAUAGUAACUAUUUUUAUAAUUAUUGCAAUUAUUAUAAAACAGUUAUUGAGCAAAAUCCAUAAAAAAGAAUUGGCUAAGACAACAACCGUCUUUGAAAUGAAUAAGUCGAAUGUGCACUUUAUUUCUUUCCAAGGCGGAAUUUGUGUAUCUUCUGAACAAAUUGAUUUUAAUUCAGAAGAAGAAACCAUUCAAGGCAAUGUCGAACAUCGCGAAGUCUUCUGUGUUGGUAAUGCGACUAAAAACAUAUUAAAAAUUCAAUUCACGGUUUCUUCUCAAAUUGAUAAAUACAAAAUUCGAAUGGAACCACAAAUAGUGACUCUUAAAAAGCAAUUUGCGUGUGAAUUUUCAAUAUAUCUGACCCCUUUGUGUACAUGCAAAAUCGACAAUUCAAUUCAAAUUGUUUCUAACAACAUGAAGACUAAUGAAGUCAUAUUUAAUCAAAUUCAAUUGAAAGGAGUAACAAACCAAUCGACUCGAAUCGCUACGACGAGUUAA